UGCCUCUACUAAGGAGGUACACACUUGAUCAACUUACCUGCGCUGCGACGCUGAAGAACACAAGUGUACAACGCCUCCCAGAUAUGGCUCGUGCGGCUCACAACAUUCUGGUACUGGUCUUCCCAGUCCUCAUAGGUGUGACCAGCGCCGCCUACCUCGAUGAUCUCCAGGCCCCAGCCGCCUCCCAGUUAUCAUUAACUAACUUCAAUGGAGCUUUCGGGGGAGCUCCUCUUGCAAACGACGGAUAUAAUGGUAACGGAGGUGGAGGAGGAGGUUCUCCCGGCCGUGGUACUACGAGAGGAACUUUUGGAGGCAACAAUGGGAGAGGAGGUGGACUAGCAGUUAGCGGCAGCAGCAUCGGAGGAAGUGUUGUACCCGGAACUAACGGUUUUGGAGGUGCUGGAUUUGCAACAAACUUUGAAGACUUAUCCUUUUACGAUAGUGACCCCAUCACUGCACUGGAGUCAGCCAUCGGUGGAGGAGGAGUGCCAGGCGAGGACUACCCCAUCCUCUCCUCCGUCCCAACCACCAGGUUCUCCUGCGAGGGUCAGCUGCCUGGAUAUUAUGCUGACACUGACGCAGAGGCUGGCUGCCAGGUGUUCCACAUCUGCCAGGAUGGAGGCAGGAUCGACUCCUUCCUGUGUCCCAACGGCACCAUCUUCAACCAGCAGUACUUCGUGUGUGACUGGUGGUACAACUUCGACUGUUCCACCGCUGAACAAUUCUACGAACUCAACGCUCUGAUUGGUCAAGUUGGCGCCAACAGCGACAGUUUUGGCUCUGCCUCGUCCUCUCAAGGAUCCUUCUCCUCCUUCAGUAACGGGAACGUCAAUGGUGGAUCUCCUUCCUCUGUUUAUCAAGUUCCAGAGAGCAGUAAUGGUAACACAAUCGGCUCCAGAGGCAAUGGAAAUAAUGACUUCAGCAACGGAAGAGGGAACGCACGUAGAGGAGACCGACUUGGUUCAGCAACAGAUCGACAGAGCUCCUUUUCCCCAUUCACUGAUGCUUCUCUUAACGGUGGUGCUCCUUCCUCUCUUUACGGAACUCCAAGUGUCAACAACGGUAACUUUGGAGCCAGCAGCAACAGAAAAGCUGUUCUGAGGAACGGCAAAAGAAAAAAUGGAAAUGGUAGAAAGAAUGGUGGCUUCAGUAACGGGAACGUCAAUGGUGGAGCUCCUUCAUCAAAUUAUCAACUACGAGAAAGAGUUAACGGUAAUAGAGUUGGCUCCGGAAUCAGACAAAAUAAUAUCUUGAACAACGGCCAAGAAAGUUCCUUUGGAGGAGAAAGAUUUGGAUCAGCUACAGACCAACAGAGCUCUUUCAACCUCCUCAACGGUGUUACUGUUAACGGUGAUGCUCCUUCCUCCCUUUAUGGACCCCCUAGUGUCAACAACGAUAACUUCGGAGCCAGCAGCAACACACAAGCUGUAGUGAACAACGGCAACGGAGGAACAGGAGGCCGUGGCAGGAAUGGCGGCCAUAAUAGCCGUGAUGUCCAGCCUCCAUCUGGCCUCUACCAAACUCCCGGGAAAUAAACUCCGAGGAUUAUAAUUUAUUGAUCAAAUAAUUAUCACACAAUAUUGUUAGUUUAUAAAUUAGUUUAAACAAUUAGAUAAAAUAAUGCAGAGUAAUUCUUAAUAGGUGUGACAGUAUGAGGGUAUAUACAGGUCCACAUUUCACUUGUUAACAUUAAGGAAACUAAGAUAACUUUUCAAACGCCAACUUGUGAUAAUAGUACUAGUAACAUUUAUAUUACUUGACUAUUUUAUAAUCUAACGUUUUUCUAUUCUUAUGCUAUUCUUAUGUAAACCUUUAAUGUACACAAACUUGUAUUU